UUCAAAGUUAACAUCACAUCUUGACUCUCAGCUCAGUCACAUGGUCUGCUCCUCCACCUUACGUCUCCAUCAGGGCUAUUUGCGCCUUCUGUAACCCGCGUGCUGGUUGGCUGAGAGUCGGUCAUCCCAUCCGAGCUCCACAUCGAGGAGGAAGGAGCGACGGAGCGCAUCAAUCCUCCGCUCACACACUUUUCUAUCUGGCCAUAUACAGGAGAGGCUGAUUUCAGGACCGAGCGGCGCAGGGGCUGUGGAGGAGGUCGGACCGGUGCGAUGAUGACGGGCAGAUCAGUGAAGGACGUGGACAGAUACCAGGCGGUCCUCACCUCGCUGCUGGCGCGGGAGGAGAAUAAAUUCUGCGCCGACUGCGACUCCAAAGGUCCGAGAUGGGCGUCCUGGAACUUGGGUAUUUUUAUCUGCAUCCGCUGUGCUGGUAUCCAUCGAAACCUGGGCGUCCACAUCUCCAAGGUCAAGUCCGUCAACCUGGAUCAGUGGACGCAGGAGCAGGUCCAGUGUGUUCAGGAGAUGGGAAAUGCGAAGGCCAAACGUCUCUAUGAGGCUUUCUUACCUGAGUGCUUCCAGCGCCCUGAGACAGACCAGUCUGCAGAGAUCUUUAUCAGGGACAAGUAUGAUAAGAAGAAGUACAUGGAUAGGGUCAUUGACAUCCAGAUGCUCAGAAAAGAAAAAAGCUGCGACAAUAUACGCAAGGAACCGGUCGUGUUUGAGAAGAUGAAAUUGAAAAAAGACAUCAGCCCGAAGACAGUUACCCCGUCUGUUACAGACCUGCUUGGAUUAGAUGCCCCUGCACCAAGUCCUGCAGUGUCUAAUGGUGGAGGAUGUGUUCCAGACUGUAACACAACACGGAGCCCAGCGGUGCCUAAUCCACCUCUGGCCCACUCUGCCCUGGAUCUCUUUAGCUCUCUGCCAACCACCUCCUCUGUUUCCUGCGCUAAAACAAAGCCUGUUUCCAGUUCUAUGCCUCAGAGCAGAGUGACCGCCUCUGUGCCUGCAAACCUCAGUCUGUUCCUGGAUGCAGCGCCCAAAGCAGAGGAGGGCCCAGUCAAGAAGCUGUCCAAGGACUCUAUUCUCUCCCUGUAUGCUUCCACCCCCUCAGUGCAUGCCAGCAGUAUGGCUCCUCAUGCAGGCUUGUACAUGAACCAAAUGGGAUACCCGACCCACCCAUACGGUUCCUACCAUUCCUUAGCCCAGACAGCUGGAAUGGGAGGUGCCAUGGGGACAUCACAAAUGGCGAUGAUGGGACAGCAACAGAGCAGCAUGAUGGGGGUUCAACAAAAUACUAUGAUUGGAGUACAGCAGAAUGGCAUGAUGGGGCAGCAGAAUGGCAUAAUGGGUGCCCAGCGUGUCAUGGCUCAGCCGAGCGGCGUAGUGAUGUCGCCCUACAUGACGGCGAUGACCCAGGGUAUGAUGGGACAGCAACAGAAUGGCGUUAUGGGACAGCAGCAGGGUGGUAAGAUGGGACAGCAGCAGAGUGGGAUGAUGGGACAGCAGCAGGUUGGCGGUUUAACCACAUUACCACACCAGCAGGUUUAUGGAGCGCAGCAAACCCAGCAGCUACAGUGGAACAUUGCCCAGAUGACUCAGCACAUGGCCGGCAUGAAUGUCUACAACACCAACGACAUGAUGGGAUACAGCAGUCAACACACGGGAGGUUCAACGACACAGAGUUCAGUGCACAUGACAGCACACGUCUGGAAAUGAACCCAUCUAAGAACUUGUGUCAAGGACCAACAAAACAGAUGGGGAAGUGAGUAGUGGGAACAUGUGGAUUGGACUCUCCAUAAGACAUUUUCUGAUGCAAGGGUGGAAGAAGAGGAGGAGGAGACCCGUGUGAAGGAGGAUGUCUGGGAAACCACUACUACCUCUCUUUCUCUCUCCUCUCCGCCCAUGCUUCCUCUCUUCUUGUCCCAUCAAUGGCCAUGUUUUGCAGAUUUCCAUGCUUGCCUUCAGAACAUUUUGGUACGACGACCAAGACAACAGGGUUCAGAGGCCAGUGGUUAGGGCUAUGCAUCUUCUUUUGUUACUAUAGCCUGGAUGUCAGCGUGUUCACAUGCACAUACAUAUCUGCUGGAUGUGGGUGUCAACAAACUGCUUGACUUUCAAGAAAAGUUUGGUUUUUGGAGGAUGUCAAGGUUUUUCCUUACUUGACUAGAGUCCAGAAUACACACGGAUGCAUCUACUCUCUCUUAGUUUCUGUAGUUUGAGGGUAUAUCGAACAAUGAGGUUAGCCUAGCGUAGCUUCACCAGUUGAUGUGCUCAAAUACUGACGUCUAUUGGAACAAGUAGUAUUUUCUCUAAAAGGAGGGAAAUAUUUAUUGUUGCAAGGUUGAGGCAUUAACAGGGUAAUUUGUACAAGAUGAGAUUGUAAUGAGGAACUGGAUUUUGCACAGAAGUAGACAAAAGCUUUGUCCAGCUUUUUUUAAAUUGCCAGCUGACCCAUUUUUAAAUGAGAACCUCAAAAGUGAUCUUAAAUGCAUUUGAUGGCUACAUAUGUGAUAUCAAUGCAAACGGUAUCAUCCAGGCAAUCUGAAGUUUUAUAUAGGUUAAGGAGAUUUUAGAGCUUUUAUUCUAGCGUAACAAUUUGCGUGAUUACCUUAUACAUAGUACUAUAUUAAGCAAGAUGUUAAGAGGUUAAAUAAUGUUUCAUUAUUCAUAUUUUUAAACAGGAUGACUUUGACAGUACUCGAGCAAAGGUUUUAAGAAUGACUUCGCAAUGUGCUAUGCUAAGCAAUUCACGCUUUCUCGAAUAGUUGCUAAAGUGAAAGCUUCAAGUUAAGCUAACAGUCCUUUUAGCUGCAGCAAUAUUUGUAUUUACAGGUUUUUAUUUCCUUCAGCUAAAAAGUGAUUUGAGUGGAGAUUCGUUUUAAAGUUAUAUUUCCCCGCUUCUGAGAAGAACUGCUAUUUAGUGAUUAUAAAAUAUUCAGGAAUUAAGAUCGGCUAGGAGGUGAUCGGCUAGGCUAAUUACCCCAGUCAUCAUACCAUUAAACUGCACAAUUAAAAGAGACUGGCUCUGUGUUAGUAAGAACAUUUGUAAAAUCCCAU